CUUUGGGGGUGUUGUUUGAACCCUGCCAAAGAGGAAAGAAGGAAGUUAUGAAGAGAGAACCUCAACACUCUCUAGCCCGUGACAUAACUGAGGUGGGAGUUGGGACCCCCACUGGGCCAGUGGGGACAGUGACCCUAACUGGGAAGACACGAAUCAGUCCAGCAGCUUCACUCGUGUUUUUAUUUUAAAACCAACUCUUGUACUGGUAACAGAAUAAGCCAACAUGGACUGGGGUACCCUACACACUUUCAUCGGGGGUGUAAACAAACACUCCACCAGCAUCGGAAAGGUAUGGAUCACCGUCAUCUUCAUUUUCCGUGUCAUGAUCCUUGUAGUGGCUGCUCAAGAAGUGUGGGGUGAUGAGCAGGAAGAUUUUGUUUGCAACACUCUGCAACCAGGAUGCAAAAAUGUAUGCUAUGACCACUUUUUUCCUGUGUCCCACAUCCGGCUGUGGGCCCUGCAACUCAUCUUUGUCUCCACCCCGGCCCUGUUGGUAGCGAUGCAUGUUGCCUACUACAGACAGGAGGCCGCCCGCAAAUUUAGGCGAGGAGAGAAAAGAAAUGAAUUCAAAGACUUAGAAGACAUUAAAAAGCAGAAGGUUCGGAUAGAGGGGUCCCUGUGGUGGACGUACACCAGCAGUAUCUUCUUCCGAAUCAUCUUUGAAGCAUCCUUUAUGUACGUGUUUUACUUCCUUUACAAUGGGUACCAUCUGCCUUGGGUGUUGAAAUGUGGGAUUGACCCUUGCCCCAACCUUGUCGACUGCUUUAUCUCUAGACCUACUGAGAAAACCGUGUUUACCAUUUUUAUGAUUUCUGCAUCUGUGAUUUGCAUGCUGCUUAAUGUGGCCGAGUUGUGUUACCUGCUGCUGAAAGUAUGUUUUAGGAGAUCAAAAAGAACACAAACACAAAGAAAUCCUCCCAAUCACGCCCUAAAAGAGAGUAAGCAAAAUGAAAUGAAUGAGCUGAUUUCAGAUAGUGGUCAAAAUGCCAUCACAGGCUUUCCCAGUUAAACAUUUCAAAGCACAACGUAGCUGACUCAUAACAAAAGUGGUGCCUUCUCCUGAAGGCGAUGCCUAUCUAAAAAUCUCUCCCAUAGGCUGAAGACUUUGUCUUUAUAAGUGCUUUCAUAAUACAUAGAUACUUGAGUUAACAUUUUGUAGAAUAAUUGUUCCAUUAAUAUGCAGCAAAAUCAAAUAUGUGGUCUAUCUCUGAAAACUAAGAAAGGAUUACAACUGUGCCUUGAAGUAACUUUAACAUGUUAUGUGGACUGUCUGACAUACUAGGUAUUUCCUGAAAAUUUAAACGUGUAAUUGUUGUUGAUAAAAAACAUUUACAUAGAAAUUGAUACUUUGAUUAGUAAAAGAUAUUUUUAUAGGAUUGAAUGUUUUAGUUCUGACUUUGAAUUUAUAUAAAGUAUUUUUAUAAUGACUGGUCUUUCUUACAUGGGAAAACAUAUGAUGUUAGUUUUAUAAUUAUGCCAUAAGUAUCUAAAAUUUGAACUUACAAAAGAUCUAUCUUGUUGUAAAUAGUGUUUUGCAUUGUCUGUUGACAAACUUAUGAACUAUCAUGAUACUCUUAAGGUGGAAAUUGUUCAUUGUAUAAAAUAUUUUAUUGCUUCCUGAAUGUAGACAGAACUGUAUGGAAGUAGGAAGCUUUUUAAAACUAGACAAUUUGCAAUCAUUGUGAACAGCUGACAUUAAUGUGCUAACCUCAAUAAAGAUUAGUCCCAUUGCUUAUGCCUUCA